AGAAAAAAAAUAAAUAAAUAAAACAACAUGCCUGUCACCCACAUCUCACCUUCCCUUAUUUACCCCUCCAAUCCCCUCACUUUGACCAUUUCUUAACCCACUGCACCAAUAUUUUCAUGGUCCAACUCUAACCAGUAACCAACGAACCACCAUGGCCGUAGAUCUCAUAACCGGUUUCCGAACCACCGAAACAAACGCCGUUCAAGAAGCCGCUGCCGGCCUCGAAAGCGUCCAGAAGCUCAUCCGUCUGCUCUCUCAAUCCCAAUCUCAACAACAAUCUGUUACAGAUUAUGAAGCCGUUGCUGACGUGGCUGUCACCAAGUUUAAACGCGUUAUUUCCUUGUUAGACCGACCUAACCGUCAACUCACCGGUCAUGCACGCUUCCGACGAGGUCCUGUUAAUAAUAAUAAUAUUCACAAGCAAAACGAUGUCGUUUCGGAGAAUAUAUCGACGACGAGUAAUAAAAAUAUUCAUAUCAACAAACGAAACGAUGUCGUUUUAGAAGAAGGUGAGAAUAAGGUGUAUUGUCCAACGCCUAUACAACAGGUGCCGUUUGUUCCACCUCCUCCGCCGCCUACGGUGGCGACCGGAAAUCAACCGCCGAUGUUUCAGAGAAAAGAGAUAAGUUUCACGUACUCUCCCGCGCUUUCUCGAGCGAGUUCAUUUGUAUCGUCGUUGACCGGAGAUUCCGACGGGAAGCAACCGUCGGCCGGUGCUAAACCGCCGCUGUGUACGGCGUCGUGUUUGAAACGGAAGUGUAGUUCGUCGGAAAAUGGCGUUUCCGGCAAGUGUAGCGGCGGUUCUACCGGCGGACGAUGUCACUGUUCCAAAAGAAGAAAAUUGAGGCAGAAGAGAGUAAUUAGGGUUAAGGCGAUUAGUAUGAAGCUCGCUGACAUCCCUCCGGACGAUUAUUCAUGGAGAAAGUAUGGUCAAAAACCGAUUAAAGGAUCUCCUCAUCCAAGAGGAUACUACAAGUGCAGUAGCGUUAGAGGAUGCCCAGCUCGGAAGCAUGUGGAACGAGCAUUGGAUGAUCCAAGCAUGUUGAUUGUUACUUAUGAAGGAGACCAUAAUCAUGCACUUUCCGUUGGAGAAACUUCUGGACUUAUAUUAGAAUCAUCUUAAUUAAUUUCAUCAAAUUUUGUUGGAUAAAGUUUAAAUAUGGACCGUAUUACUUACUGUUAUUGUUACUCUACGGUAGUGAAAGUUUGGUAAAGGUUUUGGAAUCAGUUCCAUAUCUUGGCUUUAAAAUCUGCUAGAUUGUGUUUUAUUGAUUAAUUAAUUUGAUUCUUUUAGGUGUCAUGUUACAAUGAUGAUGAUGUUGUUUGUAUAA